CCCUCUCCUCGAGUAUCUUACAGCUCUCUCCUAUAUAAACGCUGUCAUUUCACCAGCUUACACUUGAACGUUCACCUUCCGAAUAACUUUUUAUCUUCUGUGCUCUUUAAAUUCAUUGUGUUUAUCAUCACUCCCAAGUUCGCCAUGAAGAUAUUCGUGGUCUUGUUAGUGGGACUUACAAUGCAGGGCGCAAUUUCUGCCCUUGAAACUAUAACAGUUCCGCCAGGUUUUAGCGUCGAAUCGGUACUUAAUAACAACCGUCUUAUGAGAAAUUACAUUCAAUGUUUGACGGGUGAAGUAAAAUGCAAUAACGCUUCUCAGAAAGUAAAAACCGUAGUUGUGAGCAGCUUGAAGAACGAUUGCAGCAACUGCGAUGCAAAUGUCAAAGUAAACGCUGAAAAAAUGAUAAAAUUCAUGAUCGAAAGACGUCCGGCAGAUUGGGCAAAACUGACCGCCAAGUACGACCCGUCCGGAGCAAUCACGAGGAAGUACAGGGCUAUGAUGGAACAGGACAAGAGCGCCUGA